AUGGGCGUUCUCUUCUCGAAAAUAUGGAGUUAUUUUCGUCCUGAGGGCACAAAACUAGUUAUUGUGGGCCUUGACAACGCCGGAAAGUCGACUAUACUGUACCAGUUUGUGCUGAACGAGGCUGUGCAGACGUCGCCAACCAUUGGCAGCAACGUUGAAGAAUUCAAGUGGAGAAAUCUGCACCUGGUUAUGUGGGACCUCGGUGGCCAGGAGUCGCUGCGACCCACUUGGAGCACAUAUUAUGCCGGGUCUGAGGUAUUAAGCCCCGUCCAUUGUCCUUCUUAACAGUCCUUUGUAGUUUGUUAUUUUAGUGAUUGACAGCACCGACCGAGACCGACUGCCGAUUUCAAAGUCUGAACUCUACAACAUCUUGGCAUCAGAGGUAUCGUCGCCUGAGCGCUCAACAACCUAAUGUCGUUCAUUUUAGGACCUGCGGAAGGCCAAAAUAUUGAUCUUUGCCAACAAGCAGGAUGUUAUCGGCUGCAUGUCGGUGGCUGAGGUCGGCCACAAGUUGAAUUUGACAUCCAUAAAAGACCACCCUUGGCAUAUACAAGCAUGCUGUGCCCUCACUGGCGAAGGGUAGGAGUAAACUCCAUGUGUUUGGCAUAGAAUUUAUGAAUGCAUAUAUAUAUAUAUAUAUAUAUAUAUAUAUAUAUUCACCCAGGAAUGGGUGCACAGCUAUCCAUUGGCUUCACGAAGCAAACAACCUUCGUAUGGGUGAUAAGGGUCACGAACAGGCAACCACCUACCAGGCCGAAGCCGGCCAAACUAUAAUGGUAGAGGGGAGACGACGAAUUCUAGGGGUGGGGGGGGGGAUAGACUGAUACAGAACUGUUUCGGACUUGUUUGCCUUCAUUCAGCCAACCAUAACCCUGACCACCGGCUGGGACCGGAAACUCAAACAUGCGCACAGAUACGCCUGGCGCAGCUGGUCCACCACUGGGGUCUACCAGAUGGGUCAUAAGCACUCCAUCGAACCGAAGUUCAUCGGUGCCUCGCCACCUGUCAUUCUCUGUCGCUGCAGAUCGUGUAUUUAUUCACUCAGGAAUGGGCGCACACCGAUCAAUUGGCUUCUCGAAGUAUAUGUAUGAGAUGGUGCCGACAAAGACAAGGGAGACCGGAGUGGCAAUUUCUGGCUUAUUAGCUGUCAUCAGCCAGUCAUACCCAACCUCAAUCGUGAAUCACUUGAGAUCCGAACCCGGGAUCUUUGGUUAUGGAGUUUGACACUCUACCAUUGAGCCACGGGUCCGUUGUCCUGUCGGUUGUGAUCGGGAAUAUCAAUUAUGGCAGUGGGCGCUCACCGAUCAGGUUAUGGAACAUGCUCGUAAUACAGUAAUAGGCGAAUACCGACCCAUUAGCUUCCCGAAGCAAACGAGCUCCUAGUGAGUUAUAGAGGCCACGGACGUGCAAUCAUACAUCAGGCCGAACUUGACUAAUGUAUAUCGUCAGAGAUGUGCGCCUAUCCCCUUAUGAAUAAACACCCGAUCUGCAGCGACAGGAUGUCAGGUGGCGAGGCAUUCACGAACUUCGGUCCAACACAGUUCAUAUGACCCAUCUGAACUAUCUGCGCUGUUCACAUGCGCGUGUUUGUAUUUCCGGUCCUACAUGGUGGUCAGGGUUGUGCCUUGUUAAAUGGACGUAGAAUAAGCCGGAAAAAGUGCAGCGCCAUUCUACUCGCAUAUCAUUCAACACACCCCUUGAAUCUACACGUUAGAAACUAGUCACCCCGAGUACUAACCUCUUCAUUGUGUAUAUUUUCGAGACCGUUUCCGGAACUCGUUUUCUGGCGUGUAGGCAAGACUCAUAAAACAGACACCUUUGUAACUGUGUCUAACAAAUAUUCUGUGACCAAUUAAAUUCCACACCAAUACUUGCUUACUGCAUUUGGUUAUGAUCGGUUGUGUUCGUCUCCACUUUUCCUUGAGACUUCUGUUUGUGACUUUAAUACCGAUAUGCUGGUUCAUGGGGUUUUGUAGACAAUUUCUUUUAUGUCAAAAUAGUGAGCCCCCUCUUUGGAGUAUACAAAGCUGGAUGCGAAAACUGGUUGUCGCCACAUGUGCUACGUGUGCAUCGUGCUUUUUCAGCCGUUUCUCGACUAGCUCCGGCACUUUUUUCACCUAAAGAAGGUCUCACCAGAAGGUUGGUUUCGUCAUGCAGGCAGCCACAGUCUUAAAAUUACCUCUCGUUUUGAAUUCGCCCGGUUUCAUGCACAGACGCACAAAACCACAAUGGUGUCCAUUUCGGAAGAGUAAUUCCUGCUCGAUAAAUUUGUUCAUCGGGCAGCGAAUUUUGGAUCGAUUCGGCGACCUAUUUGCGGAUCUUCUUUCAUGAGAGACGAGAUGGUUACCCUCGCACUGUAGGAAAACCUAUGAGUACAUGUCAUUCGGUGUACGAGGACAUCUAAUCCACCAAUCUCUGUUCCAAAACGAAAUUCUAUUCUUGGAAAGGUGAGACUAAGGUUGUUGUUGGACAAUUAAAGAUUUAUCACGUAAAUAGCACAGCCACGUCUUGGGUUAACUGUACGUAGAAUCGUAUAGUCUAAUUUCUGUACUAUGACUUUACCAGAGCCCGGAUAUAGCUUAACUCAUAGAUGCUGCUUUUAGUUGCUGGCAGUAUUAUCCAGCGAAGGAAACGUUCAUUUCCAGGCAAAGAUCUCAAAGUUGGGCCAAACCAUUCCUAGGCACAUCCGUUAUUUGGAUCCGGAGUGAUUCUUCAGUGAGGCAUUUCAUUAAAUCUAAUGAACUCGAGUUCAACCAAGAGGUCACGUUGAAGUAUAGCAUUAUCUCGCCAUCCACAAAUUUUUUCCUAGUUUGUUUAGGAACUACCUUCUGUCGUCAAUUGGGAUUCUGGAUUCCUAGUAAGCGGCUUAAACUGGUGGAAUACCCACUUGGAAAUCUUUUAAUCUGGCUCACUUAUCGAAUGUACUAUCGGUCGUGGUGGAACGCCUGUUUUACGAAAUUUAGGAGGCCUGUGUAUCUUGGCAGUUGCCAACUUACCCUGUUUCGAGACUUUGGCCUGAACUCGAUGUGUUAUUUUCGCGUAAGGCAUUUCAGCAAUGUUUUUCGAAUUCGUAUACUAGUUGCAUCAUGUGUCCUUGGAUAUCGACUUUCCUACGUCACUCGAAAAACUUGGCCACUAACUCCUCAGUCUCAUCCUCGAUGUGCCUUAUACCUACUUAGACCUUGUCACCCUAACAUAGGUCCCCUCGAGGGUAUAUUUCGGUUAUUGCCAGCUGAUGAUAUGUGAGCACCGGAAUAAACCUCUGCGGUGAGUUGCCGACAUUAAAAGUUUGAAAGUUUAUUAUGCAAAAGAUGCGUUUUGCAGCCUAGUAAGUAUCAUAUAGUCCACGUCUUUCAAGAUAGUCAAGCAGUCUGGCCUAUCCAUCUGAGUCAUCUGCUUUGACGCCUCGUUCAUCCGGCGCUGGCAGACAGGUAGUACGGGUUGAGCCAUACGUCACGUAGAGCAAAGGUACUCAAUACCUUUUUGCAGAGUGUCUACUACUAGGCCCAAACCAAUAUUUGGAUUUUGACGACUGCUGAGCCUGAGGUAAUCUAUGUCAACGGGCUCUCACCUUGCUGUGGAGCGCACGGUUGGCAUCGUCGGAAAUGACGGUCGAACUGUCACACGCGUUAGGGAAUGUGAAAUGUUAUUAACGGUCCUACUGUACAGCGUCUGUGUCGGAUGGAAACUGUCGUCCGUUGCACAUGAGGGGCUAGAGGACACGCGCAACCCAGAUCCUGUGUUCGGUCCUUACGUGCCUUCAGGACAAAUGUUACCGUCACUGGCGUUUGUUAGUCUCGUGGCUUGGCGUAAGGGCUGCUCAGAUCAUCGCCCUCAACUGGACAGCAAAGUUACCUGAAGCCGGAGGGUUUCACCGUCAAGCAUUUAAAAGCACUAACCUGAUUCGCCAUUGUGACUUCCGUUUGGAAGUUACUUCAGAAUCCAAUAACCAUUCAGAAUAUGAUGCAGUUUCUGUGAUUAUUUCUCCCGCCCCCUACCUAAAUCUGUCUCACCCUAACCUCAUUGAUUAUUGUAGAUUACUUCGCUGUCCGCUUUCUUUCUUGCACAUGCAUUUUACCUCCUUGUCUUCUAGACUCACCCAGGGGCUCGAAUGGAUAGCCGCUCAGUCCGGAAAGUAG